AGCGAAAAACGAAGUAGAAGCAAAAGAAGGAAGACGACUAUGAAUAAUUUAAUCUGAAAUACUAAUGAUUAAAACCCACACGCAAUCUCAGACUGGCAUACAACCUGCCCUCCCAUCUGCGCCACUCUUCCCAUAAUUCAAACCGCGUUUCUUUCCCUUGGUAAAAGUGUGCUUCUUUUUGCGCGUGUCCCGUUCUCUUCUCCAGUCCGAUAUUGACAUACAUAUCUAUACUAUAUGGAGGUUAAGCUAUGGAACGACAAGCGCGAAAGGGAGAUGUAUGACAAUUUCGCUGAGCUCUUUGCGAUUAUAAAGGCAACCGAGAAGCUUGAGAAAGCUUAUGUGCGGGACGUGAUAUCUCCAGCGGAGUAUGAGGUUGAAUGCCAAAAGUUGAUCGCCCAUUUCAAAACGCUGUCUUCCACGUUGAAAGACAUUGUGCCUAGCAUUGAGAGGUUUCACGAUACUUACAAGAUGGAUUGUCCUGCAGCCAUAAACCGCCUCGUGACAUCUGGUGUUCCUGCAACCGUUGAGCACAGGGCGGCUGCUGCCACAACCCAUUCUACAUCGGCUGCCAUUGUGGCCGAAUGCGUGCAGAAUUUUAUCACUGCUAUGGACUCCUUGAAACUAAACAUGGUUGCUGUUGAUCAGGUCCACCCGCUGUUGUCUGAUCUCUCUGCUUCUCUCAAUAAGCUUUCUAUAUUGCCACAUAAUUUUGAGGGGAAGACAAAGAUGCAGGAUUGGAUUGCCAGGUUAUCGAAAAUGGGUGCAGCAGAUGAGCUUACUGAGCAGCAGGCUCGGCAGCUGCACUUCGACCUGGAAUCAUCUUACAACUCAUUCAUGGCGGCACUGCCAACUGCAGGGACAUAGUUGUUUUGCUGGACAAGGUUGUACAGAAUGGAUACACUUGUAGGCAGGGUAAUGUAAGCUAUUCAGAUUUCACCAUUUUUUGUGUUAGUUUCAUGGAAACGAUGUAAGUGCUGUAAUUUCUUGAGUGGUCCUAAACCAUUUAAUGAUGUUUGUUUCUUGUGUGACUAGGUAUGAAGGUUGUACCUGCUGAAAUUGCUUGAAUGGUCCUAAACCUUUUGAAUU